UUACUUGAUUUAGUAGAUUGAAGAGAAAUAGAGAGCACAGUCAACAGUGGUGGGAAGAUUGACGGUGGCCGGAAUGGAACGAAAUCUUAUAUAUAACAAAAUUUCAUAUUUUAUCGAUUCUUAGUAUAGGCGAUGAUAAGCUGAAACCAGAAUAGGGACAGAAAUAAACCAGUUGCCAAACACUAGAGAUUUUCGAGUUUACAACAGAGCGAGCCCAUUCGGAGUGUCUCCAGUUUCCAGCUCCGGUGAGAAAAAUGCUGCAGUUCCCGGCUUUCAUGACACAGUAUCCUUGGUCUACCAGGAAAAUUCCGACGUCGUUUUUACUGCCGUCUCAGUGGCCUCAACCCCAGAACGAAGAGCUACUGCUCGCCAUGGAAGAAGCUGAUUUUGAAGAAAAGUGCAAUGAAAUUAGGAAAACAAACAGCAACCUUGUGGUCAUCGGAAAAAUGACUGCUGACAAUGAUAAGGAAGACAUUGAGGCAGAAGAUGAUGAUGCUGACAAUGCUGAUGAAUCUGAGGCUGAAGAAUUUGAGCAGGAAACUGGCUAAAACUACUUGCAUCUUUGUGCCCUUUCUUGCCUUUACUCUUUAAAAUCCUCAAAUUGCUAGUUUUUUUUAACGAUUGUUCUUUGUAAAUCUGUCACUUUGAAAAGCCAGAGUUUUUGUAAUCGUUCAAUUUGCUACUGUUAUACUGUUUCCAAUUUUACUUUCAAUAUGAUGUUACAAUUAUGACAUUGAAAGUUGAAUGGUGUUACUAAUGCUUGAUCAGAAGAAUUGUACUCCGUAA